AUGGUUCUCACCGUCUUUCUGCUCUCCAUAUUCGCCCUCAUCGGCCUCCAGCUCUACCGCGGCACUCUUUUGCGUAAGUGUGUACGAGCUUGGCCCUCGGUCCACGGAAUCAACUACUCGCAUAGAACUGGCAGUAGUAUCCACUCUGCUCCGACAUUAAUUCAUUUUACCGUCUCAAACAUGACCUCUGGACAGUCGGCUUACCUGAAUGAUGGGCUCUAUCCCGACCCCAGUGAUCCAAAUAAUGUGUCUCUACGAGCCCUUCCAUUUCGCAUGUCUCCUUUUCACAACGAGUCCGACAGUGCGUAUGAAAUCGAGACCAACCUGACGAGAUUGGCCGAAGUCAGUCGGAAAAUCCUGUUGAGUGCAAAUGAAUCAUCGCUGAAUAAUGGACACACAAUGUCAAGAAAAAUGCGAUCAUAUCUUCAGAAAGAUCUGAUAAAUGAUUCUCUAUUCAUUAACCGUCCAUUAGAUGCCGCUGACACUGCUUCCAAAUGGAGAGCCUACAUUGAAGGGAAUAUGGUUGUGGGGCACAGAAUUAAGCCGCCUAACAACGUAACUGCCAGCAUCAGCGGUCAAAAUGCGAAUGUGCAUAAAGAGGACCUCUCCCUGAUCAAUCCAAAAUUGGAUGAGAAAGGCGCUGAGAAAUCUAAAAUUUCAAGAAAUAUGAGCAUUUCCGAUUGGCUUGCAUGGGCGAGGAUGAGUAGAAAUUGGACAUCAGCGCUACUAUCAGAGUGGGCCCGGUUACCAGGCAAAGCACAAUGGCAAGUGAUCAGUGCCUACUACGAGGAUCCAGGUGAGAAAUUCUUCGACUCUUCUUCUUUAUCACAUAAAUAUGUCAUAUAUCACUCGGAUAUUGUGCAGUAA